CUGUUUCAACUCAGAAUGGCCACUGGAAAUAUAUCCGUUAUCGUGGCAAUAUUUAUAACUCUAUUACUCAACACUUGCAAAACUUUGAAGGAAAAUUCAUUAAAAACCACCAUCAAACGGGGAGGUGAUCUGGUCAAUGUAACUAUCUUAAACUUCACUGAUUUUAACACCAGUGCAUUUGAAAAUUGGAUUGAGGUAUCAGAUGGAGGGAGAUCUAAGGCUACACUAGUAAAACUUAAAGGACAGAAUUAUCAAUCAGGGAUAUUCUUCUAUCUCCUCACUCCACAAAAGAAUGGACCAAGCUUUGCUGGAAUUCAUAGGAUAGUGCAGAUUGACGUUUUGCCAGCAUAUGACGGUGUGAUAAUUGACCUACAUAGACAAGGUCCACAUUCUCAUUUCAGAUUGUUCUAUAGCGAAUGUUCGGACACAAGCGAUUGUGUAUCAUGUGAAUCAGUUUUCAAGACGUCUGGAGAACGAGAACAAGUGAAAAUACCAUUACAUAUUUCUUCAGCAUAUCUUCGUGGAAGACCACAAUCUAAUUCAAAGUUCUCAGGAUUAACUCAAAAGUCACAUAUCGGUAUAAAAGUUAAUGGAGGAAGCAAUGAGCCGGAGAACCAAUAUGGUCCAGGUUCCAUUGAAAUAUUCACUAUUUC